AUGGCACUUCAUAGACGUAACGAGCCUGCAGAUAAGCGUAAAAAGCGGUUAGCAGAUAAUGCCGAAAACACCAGAUUGAAAAGAAUGAAAGAGACCGAGGAACAGAGAACAGAACGCCUUGCGAAAAAUGCGGAAAGAGCUAGAAUAAGAAGAUCAGCGGAAACUGUAGAGCAGCGAUCACUGCGUUUGCGCGCAUCGGCAGACGCCAGAAGAAAUCGACGCAUGCACUAUCUGGAUCAGAGUAAUAAUGAAGGAAGCAGCGCAGAUGCAAGAGUAGAAGAUCCGGAAGACAGUACCAUGGGCCUUUCUUCCGACGUUGUUUUGCAUAGUGCUACUUCUGUUGCUGCUUUUACCGAAGACGCCUCUACAACAUCUUUCUCAAGAGUAGAUGCAGAAGUAGUACAUAACAUUGGCGAGGUGGCAGUCCAGAUCGAUCCUACCAAAGACGGAAAUUAUCAACGCAGUGUAUCUGUCAGUGAGACUCAUCUGGAUGACAGUGCUAUUUUGCGCAAUGAUUUCGACCCUACAUCGUCCAUGUCUGCCGAGAUGCCUUUUGGAAAACUAGCCGUCCGGGAUUCGUAUGAUGAGUAUGCUCCAACUCCUCCUACUGCUUUGGGAGUAAACUGGAAUGGAAGCAGUGAAAGCAACCUUGAUACUGCGACCGUUCAAAAUGUUGUGCCCUUCGAAUAUGGAUGUUUGAAUGAAUUCGAAAAUAUGGAACAUCUGUCGAACUGUUCAUGUAUUGUUUCCGCGACAACUAUGGAACAGUCCGCAAUCCAGGUAAGAUAAUU